CGUGUAUAUUGAAGGUUCUCGCUUGUCGCGUGCCACCCGCUGAGACGCGUUCGGCCUCAAAACUGCCUUUGAGUUGAAUUUGACGGGAACCAUACCAGCUUGCUCAUAUAACCCCAUGAUGUCGGACGAGACAAGUGGCCAGUAUAACGAUGGCAAUCGUGCCUUUUUACAAGCAUUCCUGGCGAGAGGAGUGCUCACCCUGGCAGAGGCCAAGCCUGUACUCGCAGCCAUCUUCACGGUGCAUGAGGACCGUGAGACACUUCCCGAGGAUGUCACUGAGGCAGACUUCAACAGCUAUAUCGCUGCGGCCAAUUAUGCUAUUUCUCCAUUUGAUUUCGAGAUUCGCAGCACCCUGUCCCAGAUAGACCGCACAAGGAUCUUCGCCUUGGUCAACACUACCUCUGAUCCGAUGACACAGUUGGCAACUACGUACAAUGCAGACGAAAUAUCCUAUCUAAAGCGCAUCCUCGAUGCUAUGUUUGAGACUUUUAAUACUCCCAGGAGAGAAAUCAUGGCCAUCACGUCAAUGCAGGCGUUGCAGCUCAACAAGGUCCCAACUGACAGAGCACGUCGGGAGUCGCAAAAUGGAAAUGCAACGCAAGGUAGCAGCGGCCAAAGCUUGACAAUGUUACAAGCAGAGAAGAUGCUAAAGCAACUCGUGGCUGAAGGCUGGUUUGAGAAGAGCGUUGCUGGAUUCUAUUCAUUGAGCCCAAGAGCGCUCAUUGAAUUAAGAGGGUGGCUCAUGGAGACAUAUAAUGAUGUUGGGGAAGAAGAUGAUGAAGGCGGCGAGCCCAGUCAGCGAAUAAAAACAUGCUUUGCUUGCAAAGAUAUUGUCACAGUGGGGCAACGCUGCUCGGAACGCUCUUGUCCUGUGCGAUUACAUGACAUAUGCACGCAAAAUUUCUUCAGGGCUCAACAAGCGACAAAUUGCCCUCAGUGCAAACGUGAAUGGACGGGCAACAACUAUGUGGGCGAGAGAGCAGUUACAACAACAGAAGAAUACAUGCGGGGUCGGAGGAGGAGUGGACCUGCAGCACAAGCUCAACCUAGUACACAGCGUGUUGGAGAGUCUGAAGAUGACGAAGAAGAGGAAUAAGUGGGGACUAUGCGUUUUAUUCUAAUACCAUGGGCAUUGUCAACCGGGGCACUGGCGUUCAGGAUCGCAGCUGGCAUAAUCAUUCAUGAAUCUGGAGACUGGGAUGAAAGAAUUAAGUAGAGAUGUACUUGUCGACUAGAUCAUACAUGAUAAUUUUUUGUAGCGCGAGGUGCAACUUCUUUUCAGUUCAAGGCUUUGUUUCACUCUGUUUCUUAGAAACUUUUCACCAUCAC